UUCAAACUAGUUUAAUGAUUGAAGACAUAAUAUCGUAUCGUGUAUUUAAUCAUCUUUUCAAUUGUUAGGAACGAGGAAGGUAGAGCAAUCAAAACCGGUUGAUAAUUGGACAAAUUUAUAGGUUUUGAGUAAAUGGACAGAGGACAGAGUGGGCCAUUUUCUUAGUAAAAGACAAAAAUGUUAAUGCAUUGAAUCGCAAACUGUUCUUGGCCUAUAUAUGUAAUGAAUGUAUUUCAUCAUUCUUUGCAAGUAAAUUUUGAGUGUCUUCAAAUAUUCGAGAAAUGGUGAAGAUCUGUUGCAUUGGGGCUGGCUAUGUUGGUGGCCCAACAAUGGCGGUGAUUGCUCUCAAGUGUCCCUUCAUCGAGGUAACUGUAGUCGAUAUUUCGGUUUCGAGGAUCGAUGCUUGGAAUAGCGAACAGCUUCCUAUAUACGAGCCAGGCCUUGAAGAUGUGGUGAAACAAUGUAGAGGGAAGAAUUUGUUUUUUAGCUGUGAUGUUGAGAAACACGUUGGUGAGGCUGAUAUAGUCUUUGUUUCUGUCAAUACACCAACUAAAACUCAGGGCCUUGGAGCUGGUAAAGCAGCUGAUCUUACGUAUUGGGAAAGCGCUGCUCGGAUGAUCGCCGAUGUUUCGAAAUCGGACAAGAUUGUGGUUGAAAAAUCUACUGUCCCUGUGAAGACAGCUGAGGCCAUUGAAAAGAUAUUGACUCACAACAGCGACGGGAUUAACUUCCAAAUACUCUCAAACCCUGAGUUUCUUGCUGAGGGAACUGCUAUUCAAGACCUUCUUACUCCCAACCGGGUUCUUAUAGGUGGACGGGAAACUCCCGAGGGAUUAAAGGCGAUAGAAAAACUAAAAAAUGUGUAUGCUAACUGGGUGCCUGUUGAGAGCAUUCUGUGUACUAAUCUAUGGUCUGCUGAACUAUCAAAACUAGCUGCCAAUGCCUUUUUAGCUCAAAGGAUUUCUUCAGUUAAUGCCAUUUCCGCCCUCUGUGAGGCAACUGGUGCAGAUAUCAGUGAAGUAUCGCAUUCGGUUGGUACGGAUACAAGAAUUGGCCCGAAGUUCUUGAAUGCGAGUGUAGGUUUCGGCGGUUCUUGUUUCCAGAAGGACAUUUUAAACCUAGUGUAUAUUUGUGAAUGUAAUGGCCUUCCAGAGGUAGCAAACUACUGGAAACAUAUCAUCAGAAUAAACGACUACCAAAAGUCCCGAUUUGUCAAUCGAGUGGUUUCAUCCAUGUUCAACACUGCCUCAGGCAAAAAGAUAGCCAUCCUCGGAUUCGCAUUCAAGAAAGACACAGGAGACACUAGAGAGACACCCGCCAUUGAUGUGUGCAAAGGUUUGUUAGGCGAAAAGGCAAAUCUAAGCAUAUAUGAUCCACAAGUUUCUGCAGAUCACAUCGAAAGAGACCUUUCAACGGAGAAGUUCGAUUGGGAUCAUCCGGCUCAUCUUCAGCCAAUGAGCCCGACUGCUAUAAAACAAGUUCGCGUCGAAUGGGAUGCUUAUGAAGCAACAAAAGAUGCUCAUGGACUCUGCUUUCUAACCGAAUGGGACGAGUUUAAGAAACUUGAUUUCCAAAGAAUCUACAACGAUAUGCAAAGGCCUUCAUUCGUGUUUGACGGUCGCAACAUUGUCGAUGCCGUGAAGUUGAGACGCAUUGGUUUCAUAGUUUACUCUGUGGGGAAGCCAUUGGAUCCAUGGCUGAAGGACUUGCCCGCUGUUGCUUGAAAUAUGGAGUGAAAUCAAAAUGCAGGUUAGUUCCUAGAACCUUUGUUCUUGUUCAUAUUCUUAUUAAGAUCUUUAGGUAUUUGAUGGUUGAGUGUAGAGAUUAGUAUUUGGAGGGAAAAAAUGGAAACAAAGGGCCACUCUUUGAUUAUAAGUGCUAAAAAAGAUUAGAUUUGAGAAACUUAUUGUGUAAUUAUUACUGAAAUGUUAUAUGGAUUAGUGAUGAGAUUAAUUGAUAAAAAUGUAAUUAGUUAGAUAUAUGAAUUUCUUGUUCCAAUUUACUCA